AUGAAUUAAGCAAAAAAAGCAGUUGAUACGCCAAGAUUUGAAUCUCGAAACUCGAGAGAGGAAGAAAGGGGGCCAAAUUCUAGAAAAAGUUCAAAGUCUAAUUUAAAAGGGAAAGUAGUAAAAAAUAAAAACACUUAAGUGUCACCUGCUGCUUCAGGAGAAUAAACUACUACAGCACCCAAGAAAGUUAAAAAAUCAACUGAAAAUACAUCAGCUAAGAAAAAAAAGCUCACAUAAAGAUCAGUAUCAAAAGGAUAAAAUUCUGUAAAUGCUUCAAAAAGCGAAGCUGCAAUAAUGCAAAAAUUCUUAAAUAGCUAAGCUUCUUUAGAUAAAUCGCUUUCUCCAUCACCUAUAAGCCAUAAACUCAGCACGAAAAAAUCGCCUGAAAGGUCUCAUAAUUACUCUUUAGUUAGCGCUCAUAGUUCUUAAAAUAAAAAGCUUAGCAAAUCAAAAACAGAAAAUAGCAUUUUAAAAUAAAAAAGCAAAAUUGUUAUGGAUGAGUCUAAUGCAUCCAAAAAAUUUUUUAAUGUGUCUUAAUUAAAUUCUAAAAAAGCUUCAAUGUUAAAUACUCAAGAAGAAGGUUUUAUAAAUAAUUAAAGUGGUAAAUAAAAUCAGCUUAAAUAAAGUGAGUAAGACUCAAAGUUGCAAGUAAAUACAGAAAAUAUUCACGAUCAAAGUAGUAGUAGCAGCAGUAGUGAUAAUGAAUUUGAUGUCAUAUUAAGUCCUAGAGUUUUGAGGAGGUUGCAAGAAUAAAAUUAAAAAGCUUAUGAUGCUACCAAUUUAAAUAAAGAGAGUGAUUAUGUAAUUUCUAAAAAAAUUGAUGAUUGGAAAAGGGAAAGAUUAGAAAAAGAGUACAAAUGUUUAUUUUAUAAAACAAGAGAAAUUAGUGAACUCCUUUUAGAAUCUCAAAAAGCAAGCUCUUAGUUUUAAAAAGAAAUCGAUGAAAAGCAGCAGCUAUAUGACCUCACUAAGUAAAAAUAUAAAUAAUGCAAAUAACUACUUAAAGAAAUUAAAUAAAAUCUCUUAGUCAAGGACCAGCACAACACAGAAGCAUCUAACAAGGAAAUUUUACUUUAAAAUGAAGUAGAGAAUUUAAAUAAAACAGUGAAAGAUUAUAAGGGAUAAGUAAAAGAAUUAGAGAAUGAACUCUAGAAAAUUAAAUAUGAAAGCAACAAUGAAAAAAGCACUUUUGUUGAAAAGAUGAAGAUGCUCAAGGAGUAAUUAACUAAUUAAAAGGAAGAAGAUUCAAAAAAAGCUUAGAAUAUUGAAAAAAUAGAAAUGGCAACUUAAAAAAAAAUUGAGUUAUUAUAAAAUUCUAAUACUAAUUUGUAAGAAAAGCUCUCUAUGAUUCAAGAAAAAUACGAUUAAGACACAAGAGCUUAUAAAUAAGAAAUUAUUGAAUUAGAAACGAAAUACUAAAAUGAAUUCAAGCAAAUGCAAUAUAAAGAAAAUCAUCAAUUCGAAAUUAUAACUACGCUUGAGAGAGAAAGGGAUAAAUUAGCAAAUUAAUUAGAGUAACUUUUGCAGGCUAACACCAAAUAUUAAUUAGAAGUAACUGACAUGCAAAAAAGCUUGAAAGAUGAAAAGGAAGAUUAUUAUAAAUACAAAGAGGAGAAUUAAAUUUUGAUGCUUAAAAAUUAGAGUGCACAAGAUUAGAUUGAAGAGCUUAAAAGGAAAAACGAAACAUUAAAAAAGAAGAUGGGAGACUUAGAAGAAUAAUUGUUUAAAAUGAAGAAUGAGAAAUUCGAAGAAAAAUUAUAAUAUGACAAUUCUCUCAAUUAAAUAUAAAAUUUACAGGUUUCUUUGUCAAAUUUAAAGAAGGAAUAAGAGUAAGAAAAAUAAAUAAAAGAUUAAAUGCAGCUUGAUUUGGUAAAGUACAAAGAACUUUCAAAUGGAUUGGAAAGAGAAAAUAAAUUACUUAAAGACGAAUUAAGUACUAAGAACUCCGAAAUAGAAAGAAUAAGGGAAAGUAAGGAUAGAAUUGAAGAACAAAUACGUAGAGAGUUAGAAGAUACAAAGGCUUAAAAGAGAGAAUAUGAAAAUAAACUCAAAAAAAAGGAGACAAAACUCUCCAAAUUGAGAGAUGAUAUGGACCAGAAAAUUAAAAGACUUAAUGAAAAGAAUCUGAUUUUAGAAAACGAGUUGAUUCUUGAAAAAAGAACUAUGGAUGAUAAAUUUACAUCUAUUUAGGAGUUAUAAAAAAACUUUGAAUAAUAAAUUCUUCAAAAUAAAGUUUUACAACAAGAGAAGCAGAGAGUAGAAGAAAUGAUGAAAUCUUUAGAGUUUGAGACCAAGUAGAAAUUCGAGCAGUCUCAAACUUUGUAACUCAAAAUCCAAGAAUUAGAGAAAUAAAUUUCUAAUGCAGAAGACGAAAAAGACAGUUAUAAAAACAAAUACAUGUUUAGCAGAUUCGAAGCAAGAAAAAUAAAAGAUGAUUUCAUAGAGAAAGAAAAUAAAUUGAAGUCUGUUUAUAAUAGUUAAAUAGAGUAAUUUAAUUAUGAAAGAGAAUAAUUUAUAUAGUAGAAAAUAGAAGAAGAUAGUAGAAAAAAAGUUAAAGACACCAAAAUUAAGGUUUUGGGUGAUAUAAAAGAUAUGAUCAGACAUCAUAAAGAUAAAAUCAAAGAUACAAAGCCAUUUUGA